AUGGUUAGCCACUUACCAUGUAGAGACGUAAUCUGUCUGAGGGUAAUCAGAGAAAUUGCCAAGAGUUGGAAAGAGGUCUGGACGCUCUCUUCGUCUCUUACGGACUCCAUUACCCCCUUCUAUAGGUCAAGUACAUAUAAGAAGCGUAAUCUUCAGAGUGCAAUGUACAGCUUUCUAGUGGAACGUUAA